UUCCUUCUACGUUCCGGUGUCACGCGACCCCCUCCCCCUCCCUCCCUUCUUGGUCUACCUUUGGGCUGGGCUGGCUGGUGAUGAGACACUUGGCUGCCUGUGGAAAGAGCGACGGCUACAAUUACAAUCGAUUCCGCGACUGUGACCAUGGCCGAGAAUAACGCCCAGAAUAAAGCCAAGCUAAUCUCUGAGACCCGGCGGAGAUUCGAAGCUGAGUAUGUGACAGAAAAGUCAGAAAAAUAUGAUCCACGUGAUAUUGAAAGGCUUCAGCAAGAUGAUAACUGGGUUGAAAGUUACUUACAUGGGAGACAUAACAUUGUGGAUGAAACACUGAAGAUGCUUGAUGAGAGUUUUCAGUGGAGGAAAGAAUUCUCUGUGAAUGACCUUAGUGAAUCCUCUAUUCCAAGAUGGUUAUUAGAACUUGGUGGUAUUUAUCUCCACGGUUAUGACAAAGAAGGUAACAAAUUAUUCUGGAUCAGAGUGAAGUUUCACAUAAAAGACCAGAAAACCAUAAUGGACAAGAAGAAGCUCAUAGCAUUCUGGUUGGAACGAUAUGCCAAGAGAGAAAACGGGAAGCCUAUCACAGUGAUGUUUGACAUGUCCGAAACUGGACUCAAUAGCAUAGACAUGGACUUUGUACGAUUUAUCAUCAACUGCUUUAAGGUGUAUUACCCCAAAUACCUCUCAAAAAUAGUGAUCUUUGAUAUGCCUUGGAUAAUGAAUGCUGCUUUCAAAAUUGUGAAAAGCUGGCUUGGCCCUGAAGCAGUAAGCUUGUUGAAGUUUACAAGUAAGAAUGAAAUCCAGGAGUAUGUCAGUGUGGAAUACCUGCCUCCCCACAUGGGUGGGACAGAUCCUUUCAAGUAUAGCUACCCACCACUGGUAGAUGAUGACUUCCAGACACCACUGUGUGAAAAUGGGCCAAUUGCCAGUGAGGAUGAAACCUCAAGUAAAGAAGAUAUAGAAGGUGAUGGUAAAGAAACCUUGGAAACGAUUUCUAAUGAGGAGCAACCAGCUCUGUCCGAAAAGAGUAACCCAACUGAGUCUACUUCCAAAAAAGAUGAAAAUGAAAAAGUUGAUUCAAAGACGAAAACUUUUAAAAAGCCAUUGAGUGUUUUUAAAGGACCCUUAUUACACAUCAGCCCAGCAGAGGAAUUAUAUUUUGGAAGCAUUGAAUCUGGAGAGAAGAAAACUCUGAUAGUGUUGACAAAUGUCACCAAAAAUAUCGUGGCCUUUAAGGUGAGAACCACAGCUCCGGAAAAAUACAGAGUCAAGCCAAGCAACAGCAGCUGCGAUCCCGGAGCUUCGGUUGAUAUCCUCGUUUCUCCACAUGGCGGCUUAACAGUCUCUGCCCAAGACCGGUUUCUGAUAAUGGCUGCUGAAAUGGAGCAGUCAUCUAGCACAGGGCCUGCAGAACUGACUCAGUUCUGGAAGGAAGUUCCAAGAAGCAAAGUGAUGGAACACAGGUUAAGAUGCCAUACAGUUGAGAGCAGCAAACCAAACAGUCUCAUGCUGAAGGACAGCAUUUCUGCCAUAUCAGAUAAAACCAGUGAAGAUCUGUACCUGCAACUCAAUCGUUUACUAGAAAGCAAUAGGAAACUCGAAGACCAACUGCAGCGCUCUAUCUGGUUCCAACAGCUACUGCUUGCCUUAACAAUGGUCUUGCUUGCUUUUGUUGUUUCUUUCUUUUAUUCAUUAUACAAUUAAAAAAGUGGCACCUGGUUGAAACCAUAAAACUCCUUCAGACAUUAUCUGGAGAAGGUAUACAGACCCCACCCAAGCUUUUCCACCCAGCUACCAGAACUACUAUACAUCCGGGCUUCCUACAAGGAAAUAUGCAGCACAUAGAAGGGUGCCUAUCUAAUAAGUUAUUUGGCUAGAGAGAUGUUCAAGGCAUUGAUUAUUAGAGACUAUAGCUAGUUAGGAAACUAAGUAAAGGUAUUUGCAUUGUAUAAAUUGAUAGCUUAAAUGUAAUUUAUUUUUUCUUUUUGAUUUGAAUGCUUUCAAAGCAAAGUUUUAUCAUGUAAAUACACUAGGUGAGCUGAAAAGUCUAAGUAAUAUGCCUUGUUGUAGCCAAAAGAAAAUGUAGUCUGCUUUUUUUAAAAAAUUACAGAAUUACUAGCUGAGUUGACUUAUUAGUUUUUCUAUACUAUGUAUGUAAAAUAUGUAUAUUAAAAAGGAAGCAUACUUAACAGAGUAAUUUAUGUAAUCAUGACUUUGUAACUUGGAGAACUACUUCCAGAUGAUAGUCAAUAUUCUUUUGGAAUGUAAAGCUAUUUAAUGCCAAACCUCCUUAGCCUUUGUUUCUUGGUGUCACUGAGCACCCUGCCUCUUACUAAUCUGGGCUUUUUAAUGAAUAUUCUGUUUUCGAUACAAUAUGAAAAGCUACCUGUGUGGUUGGAUUUUCUUUGAUUUUUCUUAUCAGUGCCCAGAAGGAAUGUCUUGGAAAGAGCCUCCCUUUCUAGUCAAUUCUAUGCAGUUUCAUGCCUGUCCAGAAGUUUGGACACUGAACCUUUUGCCUGGUUUAUUAUAAGGGCCUACUUUUCCAUUGUUCCAUCUUCACCUUCAUUCCAGGGCAAAGGAGUCUCCUCUGUGGACCACAAAUUAUGCCACCUUCACACUCAUUUUUAAAUGAAAGGCAUUACGUAACAUUUUUUGAACAUCUGGUUGUUUUAGAUGUCCAUUACAAUAAGUAACCUUGGGUUCCAAAUGCUCCUUGUUAAAAUUGUUGGUAAGAAGGAAACUUUGAAAAGUAUUCAUGUAUGCAAAGUAAAAGCAAAGCAGAGAGGCUUAGAGAAUGGGAACUCUCACUCCCAGUGGCUUCUCUGGCCCACUCAGUACUCUGCAUUUGGUAUUCUUAGACUCACUCCUAUGGUUCCUAAAUUCCUACAGAGAUACACCUUGCAGAAGCAGAGGCUAAUGAAAUAGCUUUGUAUUAUCAUUAACAUGACCAGUUUCUGUCACUUUAGGUUCAAAUCUAUGUCUGCCUUUUUAAGGAAGAAAAGUACUCUGCCCAGCAAAUGACUAUUUAGCCAUGUUUGGAGAAUUAUUCUCAGUAGAGUUGGGCUCUCAUCUUGAAGAAGUUGAUUCCCAAACCGAGUUUUGAGGAGUAAUGUAACGAAGCUCCUUAAAAAGUCGGCUGAGGAAUAAAACCUUAAACGGA